CAGCAAUAUUUCAGACAGUUUUGAUAUACGUGACACUUGUUUUUCAAUCGCAUCCCCAGGCAAAAAAAAAAAAACAUUCCAGUUAUGUGAUGAUAGAUACGAGGCUACAGAAUCGACGAAAACACAUUGCUAAAUUAUGCUCCCUCGUAAAAUUCGUGUGUGGUACAACAGUCUCGUGGUACGAUUAUCAAAAUAAACAUGUAAUCAUAACCUAUGACAUCCGAGGCAUGAUAAGAGCAAUCUCGACCGUUCCGCGACGGAUAAUAUUUCACAAAACUGUCAUGGUACGGCCUUAGUCGCGGCGCCUCGGCGUAAAUCAGCCGUCUGAAAGCACGUGCAAGUAUUAUCGGGGACGGACGUAAUUAAAUGCGAGGGGAAAAAUGAGCAAUCUGAAAAAGUGCAAAGCCUCCCAGUGCGGCCGAGAUCCCGGACCUGCACACGCGCAUCGUGUGAUGCCUGUGUCGCAGCCAGUACGUGCCAAGAGUUUGUUACGCGCAAACUUGGAGAACUCACGCGCGCGAGUCUUGCAGAGCAGAAUGCCCAACAUCAAGGUCUUCAGCGGCACCUCGCAUCCGGAUCUCGCCCAGCGGAUCGUGGACCGCCUCGGCAUCGACAUCGGCAAGGUUGUCACGAAGAAAUUCAGCAACCUCGAGACAUGCGUGGAAAUAGGAGAAUCCGUCCGUGGAGAAGAUGUGUACAUCGUGCAAAGUGGAAGUGGCGAGGUGAACGACAAUCUUAUGGAACUUCUGAUCAUGAUCAACGCUUGUAAAAUUGCUUCUGCAUCUCGAGUAACGGCGGUGAUACCUUGUUUUCCUUAUGCGAGGCAGGACAAAAAAGAUAAGAGCCGUGCGCCAAUCUCUGCAAAGCUAGUAGCAAAUAUGCUCUCUGUGGCGGGUGCUGAUCACAUUAUCACAAUGGACUUACAUGCUAGUCAAAUACAAGGAUUUUUCGACAUCCCAGUAGACAACUUAUUCGCUGAACCUGCUGUCCUCAAAUGGAUUAAAGAGAAUAUCGUUGAAUGGCGAAAUAGUAUUAUUGUCUCUCCUGACGCUGGUGGUGCUAAAAGAGUCACAUCUAUCGCAGACCGAUUAAAUGUCGAAUUUGCACUCAUACAUAAAGAAAGAAAAAAAGCGAAUGAAGUCGCUAGUAUGGUAUUGGUUGGUGAUGUUAAAGACAGAGUUGCUAUCCUUGUAGACGAUAUGGCUGACACUUGCGGUACCAUCUGUCACGCAGCAGAAAAGCUGUUGGAAGCUGGUGCCACGAAAGUUUAUGCGAUACUUACACAUGGUAUCUUCAGUGGGCCAGCAAUUAGUAGAAUUAACAAUGCUUGCUUCGAGGCUGUGGUAGUGACCAACACUAUUCCUCAAGAUGGUCACAUGAAAGAUUGCCCAAAGAUUCAGUGUAUUGAUGUCUCGAUGAUGUUUGCCGAAGCAGUAAGGCGGACACAUAACGGUGAAUCUGUAUCGUACCUGUUUUCAAACGUACCGUAUUAGAUGAAAAUCUUCCGUAAUCUACUUUGAACUAUGUAAGAAGAACAUUCUUUUUACAUUUGUUUAUUGUUAUUGUUAGUUAAAAACUACUUCGUUUACCUGCUAGUUAGGUUUAUAUUCUGUGUGUCCUCUAAUUCUAAAUUAAAACGAUACUAUUUUUUCAUGAAUUUCUAGUAAAUACACAAUUAAUC